AUGCUAUCAGAGCGACAGGGCCAAGGAGCUGAGCAGCAAGGACCGACACUAGACCAGAGACCUCUGAGAACAGAUGAGGAGGCUCACUCACCCUUGAGAACAGGCUCUGCAUUUCUGAUGGAGAGCAAACAGACCUUACUACAACCUCCACCAGGCUGCAACAUGCUGCUUGUAGUCCUCAAAUAUGGCCAUGAAAACUUUAUAUUUUGUCCUGUUCCAACUGUCAAAAUCCCUCCUCCUAGGCCUUUCAUCUCCUACACCCAGCAGGUCCAUGGAGAAAUGAGAUUCUGUCUGAGCCCCUGCACCAACCUCUGUGAAAAAAGUAGCCUAGACGAUGCCGUGGUGGAGACGGCCGAGGAGGCCACGGAGCCCGCUGAGGCGGACAUCACGGGGCUGAGCCAGGACGUGUUCUCCAAAAUGGCCACGUACCUGACGGGCGAGCUGACAGGUACCAGUGACAACUAUAAAAUUCCGGAAAAUAUGAACAAACUGACUAGCUUGAAGUAUCUAGAAAUGAAAGAUAUUGCUGUGAACAUAAGUAGAAACCUAAAGAACUUGAACCAGAAAUAUGCAGCACUUCAGCCUUAUCUGGAUCAAAUCGCUUUAAUUGAGGAGCAAGCAGCAGCUCUUGAGCAGGCAGCUUACAAGUUGGAUGCAUAUUCACAGAAACUAGAAGCAAAGUACAUGAAGUCAGAGAGGCCGUGA